AGCAAGAAGAUAGAGACCAAUCAGGGUUUGACACGUCAUACAUUCUGUCUGUCAUCCCUCUUUCCUUGUAUGAAGCUGGCCAGCUAGCUGCUCUGUAGCCGUUGUUAACCAGGUUUUUAACGGUUAAAUGCUUUUAUUCUGUAGCAGAAAAUAAAAGAUAUCCAUCAUGGCUUCUCGGGCUGGUCCAAGAGCAGCGGGCACAGAUGGCAGUGACUACCAGCACCGGGAGCGGGUCGCCUCUCACUACCAGAUGAGUGUUUCCUUGAAGUCUGAAAUCCGUAAGCUCAACAUUGUCCAUCUGCUGAUCUGGGUGUUGAUGGCAGCUCAGGUGACGGUAAGCCAGCUGAACCUGGUGUCCCACAAGGUGGUGGCCUCUCCAUACCAGUGGGAGUACCCCUACUUACUGAGCAUAAUACCCACAGUCUUCAGCUUCUUGGCACUGCCCCGUAACAACAUCAGCUACCUGGUCAUCUCCAUGAUCAGCGCCGGGCUCUUUUGUGUGGCGCCACUGAUCUACGGCAGCAUGGAGAUGUUCCCCGUGGCUCAGCAGCUCUAUCGCCACGGCAAAGCAUACCGUUUCAUUUUCGGCUUCAGCGCCGUGUCAGUCAUGUACCUGGUGAUCGUCAUCGCCGUGCAGGUUCACGGCUGGCAGAUCUACUAUAGUAAGAAGCUGCUGGACCAGUGGUUCACCACCACACAGGAGAAGAAGAAGAAAUAAAUUCAGCCGAAGCAUGCUUAAACUCCAAGGUCAACUAGUUUGAAGGACAAAGAGGAUCUUAGAGCCAAAUUGCCAAGACUAAGAGACUUUAUUGUUGUCCAGCUUGUUUUGUUUUUUUUCUAUAUUUAUAUUUGACAGUGAUUACAUCAUUGUUUGAAGAAAAUCAGUCCUUGGACAGAUUGUAACCACCACCUUCCCCUCUGUACAUGAUUUCUGACAUUUCAUCAUUAACAGCAACAAAUCCUAAAA